AUGUCUGGUCGUUUCGUGCGGGCGUCCAAGUAUCGGCACGUCUUUGGAAAAUCGACGCGCAAGGAGUUUUGCUACGACAAUCUGCACAUCAGCCGCAAUGCCUGGGACACCAACCUGGUCAAGGUCAACCCCUCGUAUCUCUCGGUCAACUGGGACGCCUCGGGCGGCGGUGCUUUUGCCGUCGUCCCCUUGAACGAGAGGGGCAAGCUGCCCGACCAGAUUCCCCUGUUUCGCGGCCACACCGCUGCCGUCCUCGACACCGACUGGAACCCCUUCAACGACCGCAUCAUUGCCUCCGCCUCCGAGGAUGGAAAGGUCUUCAUCUGGGAAGUCCCGCGCGACUUUACCCUCUAUACCGACGCCGAGGAAAUCGUCGACGUGUCGCCCGUGACCAAGCUGGGCGGCCAUUCCAGGAAAGUCGGCCAGGUCCUCUUCAACCCCGCAGCCGAAAACGUCCUCGCCUCCGCCUCGGGCGACUUCACCAUCAAGAUCUGGGACGUGGCCACUGGCCAGGCACCCCUCACCCUCAAGCACGGCGACAUUGUUCAGAGCCUGUCGUGGAACGCCGCCGGCAGCAUGCUCGUCACGACGUCACGCGACAAGAAGAUUCGCGUCUGGGACGUCCGCCAGGAAAAGCCCGUACACGAGGCCCAGGGCCAUACCGGAGCCAAGAACAGCAGGGUCGUCUGGAUGGGCGAGCACAACCGCUUCGCCACCACCGGCUUCUCCAGGAUGAGCGAGCGCCAGAUUGGCCUCUGGGAGCCCGGGAGGCCCGAGCCCAUUGGGGGCUUCACCAUGCUGGACUCCAUCUCGGGCGUCUGCAUCCCCUUUUACGAUGACGGCUCCAACUGCCUGUACCUUGCCGGAAAGGGCGAUGGCAACAUUCGAUACUACGAGUACGAAAACGACAAGUUCGAGUACCUCAGCGAGUACAAGUCUCCCGAUCCUCAGCGAGGUAUCGCUUUUCUCCCCCGGCGCGGCAUCAAUGUUCACGAAAACGAAGUCAUGCGGGCGUACAAGACGGUCAACGACACCUACAUCGAGCCCAUUUCCUUCACGGUGCCCCGUCGCGCCGAGACGUUCCAGGCCGACAUCUUCCCCCCCGCAAUUGGUACGAAACCAGUCGCCAACUCCAAGGACUGGCUCGACGGCAAGACGGGCAUCCCCGCCAAGAUUGACUUUGAGAGCAUCUACGAGGGCGGCGCACCCAAGGAAAUCCCGUCAGACUACAAGCCGCCGCCCGCUCAACCGACGCCCGCCGCCGCCGCGAGGCCGGAGCCCAAGAAGGAGGAGGCUCCGAGGGAGGUGCCCAAGCCUGCGGCUGCGGCCACGCGAGGGCCUCCACCUUCCAUGCAGGAGCAAAAGGGGUCCAUGGCUGCCAUGGCGAGCAAGUUCCAGGAUGACGAAGGGGGUGUGGCCGAGGAUGACGACGAGACAUCCAGCUUUGAGGAGGUCUCUCGACCGGCGCAGCGGACCCCUGUGCCCGCUCGUUCGGAACCCAAGGCAGCCGCCUCGCCCCCCAGGAGUCACCCCGCGCCGACGCCCGCUCCUGCGAGGCCCUCGUCGCCCGUCAAGACAUCAACGGCCACGUCCUCCAACGGCGUUGAAUCGUCCCUUGACCAGAUCAAGUACAUGAUUGAGAACCAGACCAAGAUCAUCAGCGCGCAAAACGACAGGAUUGGACACCUGGCCGCCGAGGUGGAGUCGCUCAAGAAGAAGGUGAGCUGGACUUCUCAGGACCAGAGCGAGCGCAUCAGGCAGUUGGAGCUGGAGCUGGAGGAGGCUCGGUCGUGA